AUGACCACAUCGAAAGAAUGGGCGAAAAUGCUACGAGGCGAGCUGUACAUGCCCUGGGAUGAAGACCUUCAGGCAAACCGGACACGCUGCAAGCAGGCAUGCGAUGAGUUUAAUGCAGCAGGAAAUGUCUCAAGACGCAGAAAGCGAAAACGAGGCUCCGAGAUGAAUGAAUCUCAAGGGGACACCAACGGCAGUUCUAAGGGCUGUUCAAUCCUGGAGGAAUCACUGCUGACUCCUGCCAGUAUAACCGGAGACACUCGUCCCCUUCCACCAGUGAACACAGACCCUAAAAUAGAUGAAGAACUCUUCGAUGAAACGGAUCCUGUCGUUGAUGGCCCCAUCUCCGUGGAUCAUGGUCUUAAUUUCAAAGUGGGAGCUGGCACAUUCCUCAACUUUAAUCUGCUUGUCCUGGAUACUUGCUUGAUAACUAUCGGCGAAAGGGUUCUCUUUGGACCGAAUGUUUCGCUCUAUGGGGCCAUCCACCCGCUUGAUCCUGCUGUUCGACAGGGGAUGAAGGGGCCCGAGGCUGGCAAGGAGAUACACAUUGAGGAUGACGUAUGGAUUGGGGGCAGUGUGAUGGUUCUCGCGGGGGUGAGAAUUGGAAGAGGGUCUACGAUUGGGGCGGGAUCGGUAGUUACGAGAGAUGUUCCUCCUUUUCAUUUUGCGGCAGGAAAUCCGGCUCGUGUUAUCAGGCGGAUUGAGAGCAAGAUGGAUCCCGAACAGUGUUAG